AUGGAAAGUUCAUGUAGAGACAACAUAGAUUUAAAUAGAGAUGUUUCACAAGACUCAAAUUAUAUUGAAGAGGAUGAAAUCCUGGAAAUAAAGUCAUCAAUAAGUACUCUUAAACCAACCCCACCACCAGAAGAGAUAUCAGUGGGACGAGAAAUACUAUUCUUGCUUUGUAUGGCACUACAACAAAUGUUAACCCAAGCAGGGGUAGCGCAGACAACUAACCCAUCUACACCUAUUGCAGAACAAUUUGGGGUUGAAGAUCUGAAUGGAGAAAAAUCAUGGUUCACAGCAUCUUAUUCGCUUACGGUCGGUACAUUUAUCUUGAUUGCAGGAAGAUUGGGAGAUAUGUAUGGGUACAAGAAGAUGUAUUUGAUAGGGUUUGCUUGGUUUGCAUUAUGGUCUUUAGUAGUCGGAUUUUCCGGGUUUACAAAGUCUCAGAUUUUUUUCGAUGUUGCUAGAGCAUUGCAAGGGAUGGGCCCUGCAUUAUCUACGCCAAAUGCCAUGGCAUUAGUCGGGCAUUAUUACCCAAAGGGUUUCAGAAAGGACCUCUGCAUGUGUUUGUAUGGAAGUGUGGCACCCACAGGGUUUAUGUUAGGUGCACUUUUCAGCGGAAUAGUUGCUCAGUUGGUAGAUAGUAUGGCUCUUCCUGGUGUGUUUCUAGGCUACUUUUUGAUGGCAAUAGUAUGUGUUAUAUUUCUAGUAGUUGGGUACUUUGCAAUUCCCGAAAAUAUUGGUAACGUUGAUCCUGAGAAGGAGGAAGGUUCGUUCGAUUGGCUAGGAUCUUUCUUUGGUGUAUCUGGACUCGUUUUAAUAAAUUUUGCGUGGAACCAGGGACCUAAUGUUGGGUGGGAUAAGCCAUAUGUGUACGUCUUAUUGAUAGUCGGAUUUAUACUGAUAGGCUUAUUUUUUGUGGCAGAAGGUAAAGUUAAAGACCCAUUGGUACCAUCUGCUGCAUUAAAAGGUGAAACUGGCUUCGUCUUAGGUUGUAUAGCUGCAGGAUGGUCGUGUUUUGGGGUUUGGCUAUAUUAUACUUUUCAAUGGAACGAGUUCGUCGAUGGUCAGACAGCAAUAAUAGGAGGUGUCCAUUUUGUUCCCGCAGCUAUUGUUGGAUAUGUCGCUGCUGCUUUGACUGCAGUUCUAUUACAAAAACUUCCUCUGUCAAUCGUUAUGCAUUUUGCUAUGUUGUUCUUCUUUGUGGGAAUAGUUUUAAUGGGUACAAGACCGGUAGGACAAAUAUAUUGGACUCAGAAAUUCUUCUCUUUGAUAAUUCAGAGUUUUGGUAUGGAUAUGAGUUUUCCGGCUGCAACUGUUAUCUUGUCAAAUAGUCUUCCAAAAGCUCAACAAGGUAUAGCCGCAUCAUUAGUCGCAACAUUUCAGAAUUAUGCAAUUUCCAUUGGUUUAGGAAUCGCUGGAACCGUCGAGUAUUACCAAACCAGGAACCUUCCAGAUUCAUUAGAGACGGAUAUUCAUGGUUUUAGAGUAGCAUUCUACAUGGGAAUGGGUUUAGCAGGUUGUGGAGUUGUCCUUUCUUUAAUUUUUAUUUUAAAGCAAGCUAAGGAUAAUGCACAACGCCGGAAGUUAGAAAAAUCCGAAAAACCUGCAGUAUAG